AUGACGGAUAGUUGGGAGACAUUAGAGCCUGUUUACGAAAAAGGCAUACUGGAUUCGUUGGUUUCAGUUAGAAUCCCAAUUUUAUCAUCUAUUAAAUCAGUACUAUCUGAGAUCCCCGAGCAAGAAUUGAACAAGAUCGUAGUGGCUUUGUUAAAGACAUUUAAUUAUUACCACGAUGCCCAAUCUAGAAAUACAGUAUUGAGUGUUGUACAAGCUAUUGGUGGCCACAACCCAAAUUAUUUUCAAGUGUAUAUUCGUUUUAUCAAGCAGCAAGUUGAUGGACCUACCUUGCCAAUUACUGAUUAUAUGACUCUUUUGCAAUGGAUCAAUGCGUUCGUUGUUGCUUUGGCUAGACUUGGCAAAUUGGACGAUUCAGUGGCAUUGGCUCAAGGAAAGUUGUUAAGCAAGUGUAUUACAUUUGAAGGUAAACGAAGGAGGAUUUAUAAAUCGGCAAUUCAAACUACAAAAACUGCCAUCAGUGAUGCCGUGGCCAUUGAUUCGGGUUAUUUGGAUAUCAUUGUGAAAAACAAAUCGUUUGCAUUAUUGGGGGUGUUAGACCUGGCGCUAGACAAGCAUCCGGGAUUGUUUGAAGUUUAUAAAGAGAAAUAUGCACCCGAAAUUUUGGACUUUUUUGUAAACCAGGGUUUGUUAAGUAAAGUACCACCUCCAACUCAAGAUUUAGCAGUAUUUGGCAGUUGUAUCAAGAGUUUGGUCAUAGACUUUUCUGGGCUAGUCCCUCACAUUGAAAAGGCAAUAUUAAGGUCGUCAGAGAAUUCGUUUGUGUAUACCCUUCCGGUUUUGUUUGAAAACUUGUCGAUUGACAUAGAAUUGAGUGCCAAAUUGGUCAAUGCAAUUAUCUCAGGCAUCAAGUCUACCAAGGAGCAUGUGAGGACUGGUGCUGCCAAGACUUUGGAAUUGACUUUACAGAAGAAUACUGCUGAUUUAGUUGAUGAGAUUUUCAGGGCCAUUAAAGCCACCUCAAACGCCGAAGCUAAGGCAUUGAUUAUCAAGUCUUUGUUACAUUUACACGAUUCAGAAAAGAUUGUUAAACAGUUGUUGCCGUUAGUGUCGAAAGACCAAAACGAAACAUCAUUGGCUAGUUCAGUUAGGGUUUUCACAUAUCAUUCCUUAAAGUAUCACAAUGACGAAGUUGUCAAACAGUUUAUUACAGGUUUCAAUUCAGCUAAGUUGCGUCGAGUUUGGUUUUCUGAGUUUGGCGAAUUGGUAGAGACGGUGUCAUUCCCUGAAUUUGUUCCUGAAUUUGAAAAGAUUUUAAAAGGGAUAGAAGAAGCACCACUUCCUUCAGUAAGCAAUAAGAGUAUUGUGUGUGCAUUUGUUAUUUUGGCAUUGACAGGCAAAGAUUCUCCAUUGCUUAAUGAUUCAAGAAUAUUCAGUAAACUUGACGAAGUUGAAUUGAAAUGGUUGGUUCGUGCAUUAAAGAAUGAUCCUGCUGGUUGGAUAUAUGUGUUGACCAACGCUCCAUACAAAAUAAGAUUAUUUGCAUUGGAGAAGGUAGUGUUAAAUGAUGAACUAAGCGAAGGAUUGAUCAAGGAGUUGUUGAAUGGGGAUUUGGCACAUGUUGGUCCCGUUUUUGCAUUGCUUAGUCGCUACACCAAAAAUUUUACAAGCCUAAUUCUUCCUGCAAGUAAGGCAGGGGUUGAUUGGAUUGCAUUAGCACAAAAAUCCAAGAUAGAUCUUGGGAAAUUAGUUGGUGAAAACUUUGGUGCUAUUUUCAACGAAUGUGUCAAUGAUGGAUCACCUGCUGCUAUAAAGGCGAUUGCCGAUAUUGCAUUUAUCCAACCAGAUCUUAUUGAACCGAUCGUUUCGCUUAUUGAUUUGGAUGUGUCAAAACUUAACUUUAGCCAGCAAGAGAUUGACAUUUACCAGGGUCAAGAAGGUGAAUUGGUGGUCAAUGUACUUAAUGAAAAGCAACUUGAUAAGAACUCGAAAGACUAUGAAAUCAAGAAAUGGGAACAAUCCAUCAAAAAGGAAUUGAAACAACCUAAAAAGUUGUCGAAAGAAGAACAAGCUUUGGUUAAUAAACAACUAGCCAAAGAGAGUGAGAUCAGGACGAGAGUUGGCGAGGUUGUUAAACGUACUAAUUUUGUAAUCAGUUUGAUUAUCCAAUUGACAAAACAAGCUAGACUCGUUAAUAAUGGUGCUAACUUAUGGUUCCCUGUUGCUGUAAACAAAUUACUUGCCUUGCCCCAAUCACCUUUAUUUAACCCGAUUGAUGCGUUCCUUGAAUUGUCACUGUUAAUUUCACCUAGACUUGGGGUUUUGUGCAAGUUCAUUGGUGUAGCCACACUCAGGUCAUAUGGAUUGAAAUUGGAUGAAAGUUUAGAGCAAGAACCAUUAGUUUCGCUUUUGGGAAGAAUUUUAUACAGAAUCAAGAUGCUUAGUGACCAACAACCGCUUGACUCGUUGAGUUUGUCGUAUGUGUUGCCGUUGUUGACACGAGUAUUGUAUGACGGGAAGGCAGUGGCAAUAAAGAAUGCUUCGAAAGUGGCCGUCACAUCUGAAUUUGUUGAAGAAGACCCAGAGGAGGAGCAAUUGUUGUUGGCUAUUGAGAUUAUUUCCGCCCAUGCCGAAUCAUUUGAAGACGACAAGAUUCCUCGUACUAGUAUUUUGGAAGUCUUGAUUUCGUUAAUGAAAUUGCCAUCUAAAGCCAAGUUGUCAAAGGAAUGCUUUUUGUCAUUGUGUCAACACAUUGCUUUUAAUAUUUGUGAGGGUGACUUGCAAUUGUUGUUGGGUAGUUUGAUUACACCACAUGUAUUUGUCAGAUCGACCUUGUUGGAAGGGUUGGAUGCUGAGUUUGAGUUGGAAAAGUAUUCGAAAGAGUUAUUUGUGGUCGCCCACGAUAACGACCAGAACUGUCGUGAAAUUGCUCAAACUAUCUGGGAUGAUAACGAAUUGAAAGUGGAGGAUGCAUCUAAUUUGCUUAGUUUGUUUGGCAAUAGUGAUGCUGGGUUGCGGAACUCGAUAGCUCAUGCGUAUGUUGAUGCAUGCCAGCAAACUUCAUUAAACAUCCAAGAAUUGUUUGCAUUGUAUGAAGAAAAGAAGGACCCACCAGCACCAAAACUAGACCAGUUUGGGUUGGUGAUCAAGUCUACUAUCGAUAAUCGUGAUCGAUGGGAAGAACGGUCAACAGUGGCAAUUGCGUUAAAAUUGUUGGCUCCAUUGUAUACAGAAGCACAUGUCAAGCAAUUGUUUGAGUUUCUUGUUGAGACUUGUGAUAAGGACGAGUUGGUCGCCCAGGAAUUGCAGGAUGCUGGUGUUGAGGCAAUCAAGUUACAUGGUGCUUCCAAUGUUGAGGUUUUGAUACCUAUUUUUGAAAACAGUUUGGCCAAGACAAGUAAAGAAUCGGUAGUGGUGUUGUACGGUACGUUGGCACGUGAUUUAGACAAGAACGAUCCAAGAUUGAAGAUCAUCAUUGACAGGCUUAUGAAGAGUUUGGACACGCCUGCCGUGCAAUAUGCCGUUUCUGAAUGUAUUGCUCCUUUGGUUGUUGCUAUGGACAAUUUGCCACAAGUGUUUGACGAGUUGUUUGAGAAAUUGUUUACUGCUAAAAAAGUGUCAUCGCGUCGAGGUGCAGCAUAUGGUAUCGCUGGGUUGGUUAAAGGUAGCGGUAUAAAAUCGUUGAGUUCAUACGAUAUUAUUCGAAACUUGACAGAUGCUGCUGAAGAAAAAGAUGCGAUCAAGCGUGAGAGUGUAUCUGUUGCGUUUGAAACGUUGUCCAGAAGUUUGGGUAAAUACUUUGAGCCGUACGUCUUGGAAAUAUUGCCCAUUAUUCUUAAAUCGCUUGGUGAUCCAAUACCAGAAGUGAGAUUGGCUACUGAUAAUGCCGCUAAGGAAAUUAUGAAAAACACAACCUCGUUUGGUGUUAAGAAGCUUAUCCCAUUGGCCAUUUCCAAUCUUGAUGAAAUUGCCUGGAGAUCGAAAAAGGGGUCAGUUGAGUUGCUCGGGUCAAUGGCGUAUUUGGACCCCACGCAGUUGUCGGCAUCGUUGUCAAUCAUUAUCCCACAAAUUGUUGGUGUGCUUAAUGAUACCCACAAGGAAGUUAGAAAAGCUGCUUCUGCGGCAUUGCAGAGAUUUGGUGAGGUUAUCCGUAAUCCAGAAAUCCAGGCCAUUGUGCCCGACCUUAUCAAUGCUAUUGGUGACCCAACCAAGUAUACUGAUGAGGCAUUAGACAAAUUGAUCAAGACCCAGUUUGUCCAUUACAUUGAUGGUCCAUCGUUGGCGUUGAUUAUCCAUGUUAUUUAUAGAGGUAUGAAAGAUCGAGCAUCCACGAAAAAGAAAGCAUGUCAAAUUGUUGGUAAUAUGGCUAUUUUGGUUGACUCAAAGGACUUGCGUCCAUACUUGAAUGAGUUAGUUGGCGAGUUGGAGAUUGCUAUGGUUGAUCCAGUUCCUGCCACCAGAUCAACGGCUGCUAGAGCAUUGGGGUCGUUGGUUGAAAAAUUGGGUGAAGAUAGUUUCCCAGGUUUGAUUGGUAAGUUGGUGGCUACACUUGAGGAUGACACCAAAGCUGGUGAUAGGCUUGGGUCAGCACAAGCAUUGGCAGAAGUUAUUUGUGGACUUGGGAUCAACAAGUUGGAAGAGAUGUUGCCGCUUAUUUUGUCGUCGGCAGGUGCUCCACGUACGCGUGCUGGGUUUAUGCCAUUGUUAUUGUUUUUACCCGUAUGUUUUGGGUCACAGUUUUCUCCAUAUCUUAACAAAAUCAUUCCUCCAAUUUUGAAAGGGUUGGCUGAUCAAGAUGAAGAAGUUAGAGAUACUGCAUUGAAGGCAGGUAGGUUGAUUGUGAAGAAUUAUGCCAAAAAGGCAGUUGACUUGUUGCUUCCAGAAUUGGAGAAUGGAUUGUCUGAUAGUAGUUAUAGAAUUAGGUUGUCGUCGGUUGAGCUUACUGGUGAUUUGUUAUUCCAAAUUACAGGUAUUUCAGGUAAGAACGAACUUACUGAGGAUCAGAACCUUAACAAGACGCUUGUGGAAGUACUUGGGCAAGAACGUCGUGACCGAGUUUUGGCAUUGUUGUUUGUUUGCCGUUCCGAUGUUGCUGGUAUUGUUAGAAACGCUACUGUUGAUAUUUGGAAGGCGUUGGUUGCCAAUACCCCAAGAACUGUCAAGGAAAUUUUGCCGUCACUUACUGCUAUUGUUGUUAGCAAAUUGUCUUCUCCAGAUGAUGUUCAGCGUACGAUUGCCGCUCAAACAUUGGGCGAGAUGGUGCGUCGUGUUGGUGCCAAUGCGUUAGCACAGUUAUUGCCUACAUUACAAGAGUCUGACGACAAGCAAGGUGUUUGUAUUGCUGUAACCGAAUUGAUCAAGUCGACCUCCCACGAUGGGUUGGUGCAAUACCAAGAUAUAUUCAUUGACAUUAUUAAAGAUGGACUUGUUAGUUCGAGAGAGGAAGCUGCAGUUGCGUUUGAUGAGUUACACCAAGAGCUUGGUAAAGUUGUUAUUGAUGAGAUUGUGCCAGAUUUGUUAAAGAGAUUGAAAGAGCCAAAUGCAUUGCUUGCAUUGAAAGAUAUUAUGCUGAAGAAAUCCGAUGUUAUUUUCCCUAUUUUGUUGCCAACAUUGCUUACCUCACCGGUCGAUACUGAAGCGUUGGCGGCUUUGGCACCAGUAGCAGGGUCUGCUCUAUACAAGAGGUUGGCGGUGAUUAUCAAUACCUUGGUAAAUGCCGAAAGUGAGGCUAUCGACGAAGUCAUGUUGUCGGUAGAGGAUGAUGGAGUUCACACGUUGAUGCAAAUUAUUAUGGGUCUUCUCAAGGAUGAAGAUACUAAGAGAAGGGUAUUUAUAUUCUCGAGAUUAGCUGGAUUUUUUGCAAAUACCGAGCUCGACUAUUCGAUGUAUCUCGAGGAUAUGGUUACACGAUUGAUACUUUCGUUGGCAGAUCCGUCACCCGAUGUUGUUAAAGGUGCAUUUGAGGCGUUGUCGGCUUUGGUCAAGAGACAACCAAAAGAGGUUUUGGAGAAGUUGGUUAAACCUGCUAAGCAAACAUUGGACUUGUGUAUUGACAUCCCUGCAUUUAGCUUGCCGAAAGGUCCAAACUGUAUUUUGCCAAUUUUCUUGCAUGGGUUGAUGUAUGGUAAUCAUAAGGAAGAGGCGGCAUUGGGUAUUGCUGAUAUUAUUGACAAGACUCCAGCAGAGAAUUUGCGCCCAUUCUCUACCUCAAUUACUGGUCCGUUGAUUAGAGUUAUUGGAGAAAAGGUAGCAAGUGAUAUCAAAGCGGCUAUUCUUGUGGCUCUCAACAAUCUAUUGUUGAAGAUUCCGCAAUUUCUUCGUCCAUUUAUUCCUCAGUUGCAAAGAACAUUUGUUAGGUCGUUGUCGGACAGCAAUGAAAAGUUACGUAAACGAGCAGUUGUUGCGUUGGGCACGUUGAUCAAGUUUCAACCGCGAGUAGAUUCGUUGGUUACAGAAUUGGUUAAUGGGUCCAAGACAUCAGAGUAUAAGGAUUCGAUGUUGAAGGCGAUGUUGGUGGUGGUUGAACAAGCCGGAAAGAAUUUGAGUGAGGCCUCGAAGCAGGCGAUUUUGUCAGUUGCUGAACAAGAGAUGGAUCCGGUGCUUAUUGGAAGUUUGGCAGGCAGUUUGUCCGAAGAGGAGGCGGAAAGUAUACUUGAUGGUAUUUUGGCCAGUCAAACCAAAUUUUCCAUUCUUGCUAUUAACUCGUUCCUUAAGUACUCGCCAGACCACGUCAAAAACAAUGCUGGUGUGGCUGAAUUUGUUGUGGGGUGUGCCAAUUCCGACAAUGCUUAUAUGAGUGACAACGCCACUAUCGCUAUUGGUAAAUUGUUAUUGCUUGGUGUUGAGAGUAAGGAGUUGGUUGACCAGCUUGCAUUGAAUGCUGUUGCACCCAAAUCAUCGUCUCCCGAUACCAGACGUUUAUCGUUGGUGGUUCUUAGAACUGUAGCCAGACACAAAGGAAUUACCGAUUUGGAUACUGUUGUGCCUAGCAUUUUUGCAUGUGUUCGAGACCCCAUCAUUCCUAUCAAGUUGGCGGCAGAAAAGGCGUACCUUGAAGUGUUUGAUAUGGUGAAUGGCAGUGCCAAGUUUGAUGGGUGGUUUAAGAAUGAGAAUUUGACUACAGUUACUGGCACAACGAUUGCUGCUCGGUCUAUUGGGGAUUAUACAAAGAGAGUUGCUACUAGAUUAGCUGGUGUUGAAAGAGAGAGGAUCGAAGCUGGUGGAGACGAAGAGACGUUGUUCAGUGAUAGAAUCGAAGAUGAAAAUGAAAUUUGGCAAGUAGGUAUAUAA